GACUUAAGCAGCGGUGUUGGUGAUUAACUCCAGAGGCCUGAUAUCACUCUAAUCCAGCAGGAGAAUGGAGAGCUUCAUGGGAACAUGGAAACUCACCUCCAGCGACAAUUUCGACGAGUACAUGAAGGCAGUAGGCAUCGGCUUCGCCUCCAGGCAAAUCGCUAACAUGGCCAAGCCCAGCCUGUUGUUCAGCGUCGACGAUCAAGGGUUCAUCUCCAUGAAGUCCAUGACCACGUUUAAGACAGUGGAGAUAAAGUUCAAGCUGGAUGAAGAAUUUGACGAGAUCACGGCAGACGACCGACAAGCAAAGACGUUUAUGCGCUUGGUGGAUGGUAAACUGGUCCAGACGCAGUCGUGGGAGGGCAAGAGCACGACAAUCGAGAGGGAGGUUCAGGGCAACAAACUGAUAGCGACGUGCACCAUGGAUGACGUGGUGUCGGUGAGGACGUAUGAGAAAGAUGAGUAAAGGACCCUUCGUUAGGCUGCUUUAAAUCCUCCUGCGAAUUAUUUUAAAUGUAAACUGUGAGCUGUAUUAAAGGUAGCACAGAUGUGUUCUGACUGCUUUAAGUAUAAACAUCAAUAAAAUGUUACUUCGUUAA